AGGUGAAAUGGCACAGAAAGGAGUUGAGCUGGACCGAGAAACCUUCUCUUGUUCCAUCUGUCUGGAUCUACUGAAGGAUCCGGUGACUAUUCCCUGUGGACACAGCUACUGCAUGAACUGUAUUAAAACCCACUGGGAUGGAGAGGAUGAGAAGAAAAUCUACAGCUGCCCUCAGUGUAGGCAGAGCUUCACACCGAGGCCUGUCCUGGUGAAAAACACCAUGUUAGCAGUUUUAGUGGAGGAACUGAAGAAGACUGGACUCCAAGCUGCUCCUGCUGAUCACUGCUAUGCUGGAGCUGAAGAUGUGGCCUGUGAUGUCUGCACUGGGAGAAAACUGAAAGCCCUCAAGUCCUGUUUGGUGUGUGUGGCCUCUUUCUGUGAGAAACACCUCCAACUUCAUUAUGAUUUGGCUCCAUUCAAGAAACACAAGCUGGUGGAGCCCUCCAAGAAGCUGCAGGAGAACAUCUGCUCUCGUCAUGAUGAGGUGAUGAAGAUUUUCUGUCGCACUGAUCAGCAGUGUAUCUGUUAUCUCUGCUCGAUGGAUGAACAUAAAGGCCACGACACAGUGUCAGCUGCAGCAGAGAGGACUGAGAGGCAGAGAGAGCUGGAGGUGAGUCGACAAAACAUCCCGCAGAGAAUCCAGGACAGAGAGAAAGAUGUGAAGCUGCUCCAACAGGAGGUGGAGGCUAUCAGUCGCUCUGCUGAUAAAGCAGUGGAGGACAGUGAGAAGAUCUUCACUGAGCUGAUCCAUCUCAUGGAGGAAAGACGCUCUGAUGUGGAGCAGCAGGUCAGAUCGCAGCAGGAAACUGAAGUGAGUCGAGUCAAAGAGCUUCAGGAGAAGCUGGAGCAGGAGAUCACUGAGCUGAAGAGGAAAGACGCUGAGCUGGAGCAGCUCUCACACACAGAGGAUCACAACCAGUUUCUACACAACUACCCCUCACUGUCAGCACUCAAUGAAUCCACACACUCAUCCAGCAUCAACAUCCGUCCUCUGAGCUACUUUGAGGAUGUGACAGCAGCUGUGUCAGAAGUCAGAGAUAAACUACAGGACGUUCUGAGGGAGACAUGGACAAACUUCUCACUGACAGUGACUGACGUGGAUGUUUUACUGUCAGACCCAGAGCCCAAGACCAGAGCUGAGUUCUUAAAAUAUUCACGUGAAAUCACACUGGAUCCAAACACAGCACACGAAGUGGUGUUUUUAUCUGAGGGAAACAGAAAGGUAACAUUUUCAGAACAGUCUUAUCCCAGUCACCCAGACAGAUUCACUGAAUGUUUUCAGGUCCUGAGUAGAGAGAGUCUGACUGGACGUUGUUACUGGGAGGUGGAUUGGUAUGGAGAAGACAUUUAUAUAGCAGUGGCAUACAAGAACAUCAAAAGAGAGGGCAGCUGGGAUGAAUGUGGAUUUGGGCAAAAUGACAAAUCUUGGGCAUUAUAUUCUUACCGAAAUUAUGAUUAUAUUUUUUGGUACAACAGUGUCCAAACUCGUGUCUCAGGUCCUCAGUCCUCCACAUUAGGAGUGUACCUGGAUCACAGUGCAGGUAUUCUGUCCUUCUACAGCGUCUCUGGAACCAUGACUCUCCUCCACAGAGUCCAGACCACAUUCACUCAGCCUCUCUAUGCUGGACUCUGCAUUGAAUUCCAUUAUAGUUUUACUGCUGAGCUCUGUAAACUUAAAUAGACAGAGGUCAUUUAAGGGACAGAAGGUUAAAUUCUGUGUUUUAAUUCUUUAAGGUCUUGAUAACAUUUCUUUUACAUAGGUGAAUAAUUAGCGAAAAAAGAAAAGAAAAAAAAAUAAUAGGACAUCUCACAAAGCUUUUAAAAAUGUGCGGAAUUAAAGUAUCGCUUCUCCUG